UGUUUUAAUUUAUAUUUUUGCUGGAAAUAUCUGGAGCAGCUAAUUUAAGAAGUUUUACAUAUUUUGCUCUUCCUGUUCUUUUAGAAAACCCUAUUGAAUUAAAUUUGACAGUAUAUGAUCCAUCGAUUGAUUGAGGUGCGAGAAAAACGAUGGCGAAUUUGUACGUGAAGGCGGUGCCGCCGGCGGAUAUGAACCGGAACACCGAGUGGUUUACGUACCCCGGUGUGUGGACCACCUACAUACUCAUCCUCUUCUUCUCCUGGCUCGUCGUUCUCUCCGUCUUCGGCUGCACCCCCGGCACGGCUUGGACCAUAGUCAAUCUCUCCCACUUCGCCAUCACUUAUCAUUUCUUUCAUUGGAAGAAAGGAACCCCAUUUGCUGAUGACCAGGGAAUGUACAAUCGGUUGACUUGGUGGGAGCAAAUAGACCAUGGCAAGCAACUCACUCGCAAUAGAAAAUUCCUAACAGUUGUGCCUGUGGUUUUGUACUUGAUAGCCUCACAUACAACUGAUUACGAACAUCCAAUGCUUUUCUUCAAUACACUUGCGGUACUAGUUUUAGUGAUUGCGAAGUUCCCCAAUAUGCACAAAGUCCGAAUCUUUGGAAUCAAUGGGGAUCAGUGAGUUGGUUCCUCUGAAAUCUUUUAAAUAUAUGUAAGGUUCUCAUCCUUGCUCUGUUCUGCAAAAAAAGGUAAUGUAUCUGUAUAGACGCCAGAAGUGGGAAGGUUAUCUACUUGUGUAGUGAUUUUGCACCUAAUUCUUGUUUAUGAGUGUUUCUCUAUGUACUGAAAUGAUAGAUGUAUGAACUUUCUGUUGUACAGUAAAAAUAAUGUGUAUGUUAAUAAUCAAACUGUUUUUAUUCACAUCUUAAAGAUAUUGGCACAUCCAUGUUACUAUGUUUUGUAGCCUAAAUACAGUUUAUGAUUGGAGUUGUUUGU